AUGAAUCAGCUCCCUCAGCCAGAAGAGUUGAAGGCAGUCCCCUCCCAAGACAUAACGGUAGUCAUAUUUUGCGCCCUUGCUAUCGAAAUUACCGCUGUCAAGUUUACCUUGGAUGAGCGAUUGAUAAGCCACCCAGUGAUCUCCGGUGUAGACUCGUUUAACUACUCUUACGGCCGCAUAAGGGAUCACAAUGUCGUUCUCGCUCGAGGAACACAGAUGGGGCCCGUAAAUGCCGCGGCAUGCGCCGCCACCGUUAUCCAACAGUUCCCAAACAUUCGAUUUGCCCUGAUGAUUGGUAUUGGAGGCGGCAUACCGAGUCAAACCCAGGAUAUACGGUUGGGCGAUAUCGCCGUCGGAAUUCCUGGCGGCAGCCACCCUGGAGUGCUUCAGUACGACUUUGGCAAAUACGAACAAGACGGGUCAUUCAUCCUCAAAGGUUGCUUGAACAAGCCCCCCUCGAUCCUGAUAAAUGCAUGCCACCGUCUGGAGGAAUAUGAGGAAGAGAUGGGCUGGAGACCACACUAUGUCACCCUGACAGCCAUUGGCAAGAACCAUGGACGCUAUAAACGGCCAGCCAAAGAUGAUGUUCUCUUCAAGGAUGAAUUUCAUCACGUCAAUGCAAGCGGAGAUUGCAGCGAGUGCGAGGCUUUGGGUAAAGAGAGUGUGGUUUUCCGCAAACCGCGAGAUGAGAUUGACCAGUCAUUGGUCCAUCUAGGCCUCAUUUUGUCCGGAGGUGGGGUUGUGAAGAACCCAGAGGAUCGUCGCCGUCUAUGCAGGGGCAACGAAGACGCGAUUUGCUUCGAGAUGGAGGCAGCUGGCAUCGUGGACCAGAUCCCUUGCCUUGUCAUUAGAGGAAUAUGCGAUUACGCAGAUACACACAAGAACGACGAUUGGCAUCGAUAUGCCGCAGCGGCCGCGGCGGCAUACGGCAAGGCCGUCCUCACGGAGAUCACUGGACAGGAAGUGAAUGCGGCUAUGAGUCUCCAAGAUCUUAUGCAAACACUCAAGAGCGUGGAGGGCAAGAUUGGGGAAGUAGGUGAACAUGUCGACAGCCUGAGGGAGGGGAUUAAACAGCAAGAGGUCCUGGAUUGGCUAGGACAGGAGGGCUGGCGACACCCGCAAGACAAUUACUUCACAAGAUGCGAGCCAGGAACAGGCAGAUGGUUCCUCGACUCCCCUCAAUUCAACGAAUGGCUCACAGGAGCCGAGACAACGUUGUUCUGCCAAGGCCUACCUGGGGCUGGGAAGACUGUGAUGGCUUCCCUUGCUAUUGACCACUUACGGCGCACCUCACAUGAGAAGACAUUCGUCAUUUUCAUGUAUUGCGACAUUGGAAAACGAGAGCAACAGAAGGUGGUCCACGUCCUCGCAAGUUUACUGAGGCAGUUAAUCGAAGCAAGCCCGAGCAUGCCAGAAUGCGUGCUACGUCUCUAUUCAAAGAACAAAGGCAGGCAGCUUGGCUCGGUAUCAGCCCAAGAGUUUACAGAUGCCUUGAUUGAGUCCACCCUUCUCUUCUCGCGCGUCUAUGUCGUCAUUGACGCACUCGAUGAAUGUGAAGAGGUCUCAAAUCUCUUGCCCGAGAUAUUCAGAAUGCAACAAGAGGUCAAGGUCAACGUGUUUGUGACUUCUCGGCCUGACAAGAGAAUCGAGGCCAUGUUUGGCCAGUACUUAUCCCUCGAGAUUCGCGCAUCUGACGAGGACGUGGGCCGGUAUCUAGAGAAACGCAUAGCCCGGCACAGAGUCAUCAAAGAUGAGGGUGGAGAGUAUGCGGCAGCAACAAAAGCAACGCUCCGAGAGGCCGUGAAGGAGAGGAUCAGGCAGGUUUCCGAUGGAAUAUUUCUUCUUGCUCGAUUUCACAUGGAUUCCGUCUUGGAAAUGACGUCUCCCAAUCGGAUGAGAGGCAGCAUCGAAAUGUUGCCCCAAGGCCCUGCCGCCUAUCGAGAGAUCUACCUGAAAACUGCCAAGCGAAUCGAUAAUCAACCAGAGGAAUAUCGUACACUUGCUAAGAAGACUUUAAUAUGGCUUGUCUGCGCAAUGCGGCCAAUCACCGUGUCAGAACUUCGAGAGGCUCUGGCCAUCAAGAUCAAUACCUCGCGCCUUGACCAUGAUGACUUCAGCAGCACCGAAUCCAUAGUCGAGGCGUGUAAAGGCCUGGUAGCUAUCGGAAAGGAUGGGGUUAUUCAAUUGCUUCAUCACACAGCGCGGGAGUAUCUGGAUUCUAACUUUGGCUGGCUCGAGGGGUCAAGUAUCAGGGAGCUUACCGUGACUGGUGGCAAAGCGAGGAGUCUUUCAGUUGAAGCAGUUGAAGCGGUUGAGAGACCAAGGGCCACGGCGCAACACGACAUCACUUUGAAAUUAAUCACCUAUAUCUCAUUCGACACUUUCGAAACGGGGCCCUGCACCGGAUACCACCAUUACCGGGAAAGAGAGAAGUCGAACAGACUCUACCGUUAUGCCAGUUGUCACUGGGGCGACCAUCUCAAGUCCUGUGGUCCUCAUGUUUCUGACAUUGUGGACCUUGGGACCGGCUCACUCUUAACUCGCCUGUUUGGAAGUAAGAAGAAGUCGGGAUCUUUAAUCCAAGCUUACUUCAAUGGCGACUCUCCGUCCUCGAAACUGGCUGAGAUGAAUGGGGACUACCUAGAAGGGUUCACCAGCCUCCAUCUCGCGGCAUCUUGCGGUGUCGAACCCUUGGUUACCGCUAUCCUCAAGAACCAUCAAGUAAACGCCAAAGACAGUCUUGGUCGAGCUCCACUGUCUUACGCAGCCGAGAAAGGCCAUGUUGAAGUAGUGAUUCGUCUGCUUCAAGCUGGUGCGCACAUCGAAACAAGUGACCAGGAAGCCCAGGCACCACUUGCCUAUGCUGCACAGUGGGGCCAGAAGGAAGUGGUCCGAUGUCUUCUAGAGGAGAAUGCGGACACUGAAAGGAGGAACCUUGAGCGCAAGACCUCUCUGAUGUUGGCCGUCAUGGGAGGUCAUCACGCAGUCGCGGACCUCCUGAUUGAAGGAGGCGCCAACAUUGAAGCAAGAGACUCUCGGUACAUGACGCUGCUGAACUGGGCGGCCGAGAACGGCCGAGCCAACGCUGUGGAGUAUUUGCUUCAAAGGAAUGCGAGAACGGACACAAGAGAUCUGCGUUAUCGGACACCGCUGAUUCAAGCAGCUGAAGGUGGCCAUAUCGACGCCGCGCGGCUGUUGUUCAACAGGGGUGUUGAUAUCGAAGCGAGGGACUCUAGGAAAUACACGGCGCUCCUUGCAGCGGCCAAUAAGGGACAUACCAACUUAGUUGAGGGUCUUCGAUCUUGGGAGCGUCACCAAGGUCGUGAAGGAAACACUUCUUCAGAAAGGGGAUGA